AUGAGUAAGUGCACAGCGGAGACGGGUGGCCACAAGAAAAACACUCUAUCAAUGUCAUCCCAACCAAAUCGCGCUUCCGCACAUCUGACUCCUUUGGAUAACAUUCCCUCUUACAAGUCUGUCGAUAGGCGACGUUAUUUGGCCGGUUUCACUGCCGGUUGUGUUUCGCGGACAUUGACCGCACCCAUUGAUAGACUCAAGGUUCUUCGGCAAGCCGCAGUCCCUGAUAUCGCCGGACAAAACAUGUACAGAAGCUUUAGGACAUUGGUAGCGGACGGUGGAUUGCAGUCUUUAUGGCGCGGCAACGGCGUCAAUGUGCUUAAAAAUGGUCCCGAAACGGCGUUACGUUUUGGCUUUCAUGGGAAACUGAAAGACCUCCUGUUCCCAGGAGUAAAAGAAUUGCAUCCCUCAGAACGCCUCCUCGUUGCAAGUCUAGCUGGUGCUGGUUCUCUCACGCUCACCUACCCCAUGGAAGUUAUGAAGACUCGUAUGGCGUUGCGCAGAACAGGUGAACCAGACUCUAUAGUGUCCUGUAUGAAAUUAGUUCACAGCCAGGUUGGUCUCCGUGGUUUCUACCGUGGAUAUGCAAUCAGUAUGCUGAGCUAUGUUCCCUAUGCCGGAAUGGAACUCACACUUUUUGAACUCUUCAAGCGUGGUUAUAUGGAAUACUUCUGUGAUUAUCACCCUGGUGACCCAAUGCCCCACUUGGUUACACCGGUUGCUAUUGGCAUCAUCCUCUGUUCCUCAUUUAUACCGAUGCUCAUAAUUUAUCCAGCGAACUUAAUGCGCACUCGUUUUCAAGCCUCUACCAGCUCACGACCACCAUCGAUUGUCAGUAUGUUCCGAAGCAUCCUACAAGCCGAUGGUCCGAUCGGUCUCUACAGAGGUUUCUUCACCAGUUUGUCAAAAACUCUUCCUUCGGUCACAAUUAGUUACCUUACAUUCGAAGCUAUGAUGGAAGUUAUGGGACUGCCCACACUUGGUGCUAAGUAG